CGGCAGCUCGUCUGCCCGCCGGUCAUUCGCAAAAAGUGACUCAGUACGCGAAGAGCUCCUGGCCAUUGCCCAUGGCUCCCAUCACGACCACUCUUAGCACUGCCGAGACCGACCUGCACCCCACCGACGCAUUCCUAGUGCACGCCAGCGCCGCUAAAUCCCAAGGUAUGCAGAACACCAAAGAGGAGCGACUGGAGCAGCUGUCCAUGACGUUGCCCUCGCGGUCACCCAACGACUACGUCGAGGACAAGGAAAAGCUCGAAAAGAUGGCAGCAGCCGUCACCACUCUUCUCGAAUGUAUCGGAGAAGACCCACAACGCGAAGGGCUCGUCAAGACGCCUAUGCGCAUGGCCAAGGCCUUAUUGUACAACACCAAGGGCUACGGCCAGAGCCUAACCGACGUAUUGAACGAGGCUGUGUUCGAAGAGGACCACGACGAGAUGGUCAUUGUGCGUGAUAUCGACCUCUACUCCAUGUGCGAGCACCACAUGGUGCCGUUCACGGGCAAAGUGCACAUCGGGUACAUCCCCAAUGGCAAAGUAUUGGGACUCAGCAAGCUGGCGCGAGUCAGCGAGGUCUUCUCGCGUCGUCUGCAGGUGCAGGAGCGACUGACAAAGCAGAUCGCUAAUGCCAUUAUGGGCGUCAUUGAACCCAAGGGCGUGGCUGUGGUCAUUGAGGCCACACACAUGUGUAUGGUCAUGCGCGGCGUGGAGAAGAGCGGAGCCAGCACCGUCACGAGCUCCGUACUCGGCGUGUUCAAGAGCGACCCACGCACCAGGAGCGAGUUCAUGUCGCUCAUCCACAGGAGAUAAAAACAAGACCGAAGACGAGUCGUGCUGCACCUUGAAUGUUCGCAACGGCGUGUGCUCGGCCGAGUCAACCAAAGGACGAGGGAUAGAAACUUUUGCUUUAUGAGGCCGAGAGGACUUAGAAAUACGCCCUUCCGACAGGCGCGCUUGUUAAUAAUUCUUGUUUUUUUUUGCUUAACGAUUAAGAGUGAUGGUCGGUGAAAACUGAAACGUGAAAAUGCACGAAAAGAUGCAAAUUUUAAGAGUAGUCCGAGUCGACGGCCUGGAUGAAGGAGAGAUAGUUGACGUCGUUGGUAAGUUUGCGGCCAUCUCGGUGUGCGAAGCAGUGCGUGAGUGCCUGGACCUCUGCGGGCUUCAAGGACACUUGCAUCAUGUCAAGCACAGCAGCGAAUUGGAACUUGGUAAUGUGAGUGACAUUGUUGUGGUCGUAGUCCUGGAAAUAUGGCUUCAUGUGCAAACGGCGAUGGUUCACUUCAUUGCGAAGUUUCUCGAGAAUACGCUUGAUAGAGUCGUCCACGUCUCCUUGUUGCCAUGUAUUCAUACCGUGCGAGAAGUCCAGAGCCCCCAGGAAGCUUCUCCAGUCGAUCUUGUCAGGGUUUCGAGCUGAGCGGAAGUGCGUACUCAACGUUUGGAUGUCGUCUGCAUCUAGUACACAACCACUGCGGUUGAGUGCAGUGUGAAACUUUGCCACUGUGAUCUCUCCCGACCGCAGUUUGUCGCCUUCAACGAUGAAUUCUUUCAAGCGAAUGCGCUUGGUACUUAGCUGACGACGCAACUCCGCCAAAAGUUGCGAUAAAUCGGCUGCCCCAGAGUGAUUGUCACGAGCUUUGCGCUUGUAAAAAUCGUUCAUAAUGCCACUCUGAUAUUGUUCCUGUCGGAAGGCAACACUCCCAGGCAGAACUAAACUCCGAAUACUUUCACUACUGGCAUUCUUCGUGGACGCUCCAAGUAUCUGAAGCGCUUGAAGGAAAGCGCGGUAGUUGACAUCGCAAAUGGAACUCAGCGUUGCCGUCGUGCC